AUUUGGCUCCUUAUCAAUUUACACUCUAGAUCAUGCAUUCACUUAGUUUUUUAUUACUUUUACUUCAUGUCCAAGAUAUCUAACGUAACACAAAUGUCUAUAUUAGAGCUAUGAAAGGGUACAUAUCAAUAUCUAUAAUUUUUACUACCGUAUAACCAACUGCCCAUAGAUAUUUACAUACUGAAAGUGGCAACACUUUCUGAUAUAAGAAUUAAGGAGAUUGGCGUUUGGAACAGGAAGAGUUAUGGAUAUAGCAAAAUUCUGAAUCAGCACGAUACUAAUCGAAAUAAAUCACACUAUAUCCUCCCAAGGUUGGACUCAAAUAGUGACUUCGAGGUGAGAAUACCCUCUAGAUGUGAAUGGAGAAGAGGUUUAGUUGGGGAGGAGAGUACUACACAGUCUAUACCGACGGGUCCAAAAUGGACUACGGUGUAGGGACACGGAUAUACUCCGAGAAUCUAAAUAUCUCUAUAUCUUUCCGUCUACCAAACUAAUCUAUCAUCUUCUAAGCGGCCUGUGGAGUUCUACUGCACAAUGCGAGUGUAUACAGAAAGCGGCCAUUUACACAGAUAGCUUGGCUAACUAAAUGAUCAACUCCAGCUUAUGAUCAACUCAAACUUAGUAAACAAAGCGUGGAGGGCUUUAAGUGCACUGGCAGGUCAACUAGACUUGUCCUUAGUUUGGGUUCCCGGUCACAGGAUCAUUUUCGACAACGGAAAAGCAGACUCUCUUGAAGGGAGAAAGGAAACGAUUCUACACUUCCUCUGUGAGUGUCUAGCUCUAUCAAAAAUCAGACAUCGAACUUUUGGAAUCCAUCAGUUACCAAACCUCGGAUGUCUAUCUACAAAAGGCAUAACGGAUAUAAGGAGUUUUAUUGAGGGCACCAAAUGGUUUGAACACAGCAAUGGAACGUGAUAUCAAGAUACAAGGUCUUAUGACAGUGUAUCAAAAUGGCGCUUCUACCUACCUACCUAAGCCUAUCAGCGUGGUCCCCGCCGUUACACUUAUGUUACACGGUUCUAUUGAGGGCAUAGCCGUGGCCGAUUUCGGCCAUCUGCAAUACUCUUCAGAGUGUCAAGGAACACAUUUACCAAGUUUCAUUAAGAUAUGUUAAUUUUUACUAAAGUUAUCGUUUGUAUGGACGGACAGACAGACUGAAUUCAAUUCGUCUCACCAUCCUGAUCCUUUAUUUCAUACCAUUAUACAUACAUAAGUAUAUCUAUCUCGUUUAGUUUUAGCUGUUACAAACAACCUUUAUGUGAACAACACUAUUAUAUUCUCUGGCAAUACGUUGCUAGAGUAUAACAAUGCAUUAGAAAAUUCUACUUCGAAAGGUUUCCGUGAUACCAAGUCUCCUUUGGAUCCCCAUACGAAAUAAGUAUUCUAAUUUCAAAGCCUAUAUGUAUGCUCGAUUCAUAAUAAGUUUUUUAAUCUACUUUUGAUUUCUCAUUUCCGAGAUUGGUCAAGUGCAGUACAAAUAAUGUAAACAAAGGCUUUUGUUUUCUUAUGUCUCUACAUACAAACAAAGCAUAUUGAGAAGAGCAAAGCAGUGGUGCAAAUUAUUCGUACAUUGAAGAAGAAAACCAUAUAUUGAGUGUCAAAGUGAACGGUGGAAAUCGCGAGAGAGAAUGUGUUAAGUGGAAAACUGUUCUAACAACAAAUUUUAGAGUACGGAAAAUCCACAGUAGACAAUCAACGACAAUUUUCUUAAAAAUAUUACUCACAAACGAGAAUGCAAUAGACGUCAUUGACUAAAAAAACGAUGGAUUGCGCCUGGUGGAAACGAUAAUUGGAGCAUAUACAUCUGCGAAAGUCUGCAUGUGGGUACACACACUGAGUGCGGCUUUGAUGGUGGUUGUGGUGAUAGACUAAAAGUUUUCACUUCGAAGACAAAAUUUCGCCAUCCAAGUAGUCUCCGAGUUCUACUUGACUAGAUCGAACGUGAGCAUCGGUUUUAGUGUAAGGUUCAAAAAACAUACAAACUAUGUAUGUGUAUACAUAUGUACAUGUAUAAAGUGGAAUACGUUUAAAUAAAUCGAUAGAAAUGACCAAUUAAAAUUCAAAAGCAGACAAUUAAUGGGAAUUACUAUUAUUAAGCAGGCGUAACAUAAUAAAACUCGAAAAAUCCGAAAACAUAAAUAAUAUAUAAUGCUACAUACAUUUAACUUAUCAACGAAUAAUAAAAAAUUAGUUAUAAAUAAAGAAAAAAAUUAACAAAAAUAUUAAAAAGAUUCAGAAAGUGAACUCAGAAUCAUAAGUGUUCUAUAUAAAUAUUUGUAUUACCUGUGGAGAAAUCGGAAUAUUUUUUUUAUACAUACGCAUACACCCAAAUACAAGUAUAUUUAGAAUAGGCAGCGUUUAAGCACAAAAUAAAACUUGUUGGAGGCCGUAAAAAUCGAAUAACCAAUCAAAAAAAAUGCAACAAACGCGUUCACAGCGAAGACCAUCUAGUCAUCUUUUUCAAAUGCAAGAUGGACUCAGUCCUAAAAAAACAGCCGUCAUAAUUGUGACAGUGAUUGGUUGCAUUGCAAUACUUUGGCCGAAGGUAUUCUACCCGUUGAUGUUCGGCAGCAAUGUGCCCGCGAAAAGCGGGAAUUUAAAAGAUCAACGUGGACCGGGAGGUUGUUGUGAUGUUGUUAUUGACAGAGAUAAGUUUCUGAAUGAAACUCCAACAGAAAUCGGUCCACAAUUGUACCGCAAGCAACUGAAUUUAUAUACCGGAGAGAUGAAUUCUAAUCCAGGUUUACGGCAGGAGCGUCCAGCACAUUUACAUCCCGAAUCAAUUUAUCAAGCGAUGCGUGAACGGGGUCGUGCUAUACCCGCAACUACACCGACAGUGCCAAUUUUGGAGCGCAAAGGAUCAGCCAACAAUCCACCGCCACGUAUCAUUGAUGGCCGCCCUGGUCCUAUACCCGGAAUGCGCCCACCCAUGGGUGCCGGAUCUAUGCAUCAACCGCAGGCCCGUGCUGGUAAUAGUAUGGGCUUCAUAAUGCCACUUUAUACAAUUGGGAUAAUAGUCUUCUUUGGUUACACGAUUAUGAAGUUAGUUUUCAAGCGGCCAACGCCGAAUGCCCCCUAUGGACCCAUGCCAACUAAUCCCGACUUUAGAAAAGAAGUCUUUGGUCAAGAAAAUGGCAGACAAGUUGACGAAGUAAAUAAUUCAAAAAUAGGGUGGCGCGAACAUCAAGCAAGGUCGAAACCACAUGAGCACAUCAGCAGUAGUGGUGGCGGCAGUGUUGCAAGUGGCAGUGAGCUUUACAAUGCCAGUUUGGCAACUGCCACGGCGGCUUCCAUUCUAUCGACGCAGCUGAAGCAACACAGUCAUGGAAUACCCAGCACUUUUGGUGGUGUUGGCGGUGGCGCUGGCGGAAACUUGGCUGCCGGAUCCAGCAAGGAAACUGAACAAUUAAUGGAAAUUGAGAAAUUGCGUAAAAAACUUGAGGAUACCGAAAAGGCGAUGGCAAAAUUGAUCGCAGAAAUGAACUCAGACCAAUACGAAGCUAAGAAAUCAAGCGAAAAUCCGACAUCGAACUUUGGACACAUUUCCAAUGGGCAUACGAAAUCUGAGCAGGAACAUGGGCAUAGGGAUUAUAAAGUUACAAACGAGCAAAAUCUGGUGAAUAGUGAAACCCCCUCUAAUGUAGAUAGAGAACAUAAGCAUGAAAUCCAGAGUCCUAUAAGUAAAACCAUAGGUGCUGCUGAACAAAAGAACAUCCAACAACGAAUGAAAAAGGAAGGCAAUGCUGAUCGAUCAGUGGCGGUUCUUGGGAUGGAGGUGACAGCAAGUUGUGAGGGUGGCCAAAAGUGGACAGGCCGCCCUCCAACACCUGUUUUCUUUUUGCACCAUGAACAUUCCAGCGAUAAUAACGAUACUCAGGAGCCUGAACCACAAUCCAUAUACUUGGAAGGUGCUUUGGCGCACGAGUCACAAAUAUUAGUUACCGAUUCGGAAAUUAAAACUGAGGAAGUUUAUGACAAAGAGCUUAAUGGGUCACCAGAGGAGCCAGCGGUGGUGUUGAGUAGUAAGAUGACAUUAUCACUAAUCAAUUUGGAUACAAGCCAUGAAAAUAAUUAUGUGGAAAAUCAACCGGAAAUCGAAAGCCCCUUGGCGGAUGAUAUCGAAAUAAUUGGUGCUGACGAAAAAUAAAAAUUAUUUCUAAAAGUAAAUAUGUACUUAACUAAAUUCAAUUGACAAAAUAAUUAAAUUGGAUUUUGGUCGAAACUUCUUUAAACGGCAUGAACGAAGAUCUUCUUAGUGAUCUGCAAAUAUAUUCAGCAAUUAAUAAGGAAAUUAUAUACAUGAAUAAUUAGACAAAUUUCGAUAACAUUAUGGUAAUCUCUUUGAAUGAAUUGUACGUUUAUAGUAUUUUCUAAGUCGUAUCGAUUUUAGCUAUUUUCAUGAACAUUGAUCUGAAAAUUGUUAUCCAAGGCCUAGAAGUUUGCGUCAUGCAUGAAUAUUGCUACACUCUGCUUAUACAUAUUUGUUAAGUGUAUACCGUAUUUGUCGUGAACAAAAAUAACAUAAUUAAAAUCAUGUACUUCCGUUGUAUGGAAAUUCUUAUUAUUAUCCACUUAUAUUAUUUUAUUUAUUACUUCCUGGUUUUACUUUCCAUCGCUUUUCUUGUUUAUCCACUUUUGCUCGUAUUCUUAUGUACAUAAAUUUGUACAUGUAUGCUCAAAAUAUUUAGUAUGCCAAACUAAAUUGUCGUAUACUAAAAUAAAAAUACAUUAGAAAAACAUGCUCUACAAAUUUAAAUAAUAUCCAGUUUUGUCAAAAAAUUAUACAAAUGUUAAUACAAAUAAAAAUAAUAAUACUAGUAAUGAAAUGAAAAGCUUUUAAUUGUUCAUUAAAAUUGUUUAUUUAAUAAAUUUAUAUAUAUUUAUGUCUCUUGAAGUAUACUCAUACACAUGUAUUAUUUUUACAAACAAUAAAAAUUUGUUUAGCCAGUGAUUUGACAAGAGUACAUAUGUUUGUAUGUAUAUACAUUUGUUUGUAAACAACCCCGAAUCGAAAUAGAAUACAAUUAGUAAAAUAAUAA